AUGCUUUCGGAGCGCAAAAUCCAAACACUAAUCAUUCAAGAUGAGUUACGUAACAGAUCUUCGUUUGUGCAACCCAAGAAAAGGAAAACAGCCCUGCAUACAGUUAAAGAGAAAGCCAAAAGUUACAUGGUACUAUUUUUAGAAACAUCUUCUAUACAUGGUUUGAAUCAUAUAGUGGCCAUUGGAAGGCAUCCCUUUGAAGUAAUUCUUUGGUUAAUUAUGGUGGCCCUAUCAGUAAUCGGAUCAGUAUACCUGUCGCAGACAACUUGGAUCCGCUAUCAGUUCUCCCCCACCGUCGUCUCUAUGGACCGUGACAUGUUCGCAUGGAACACCACCUUUCCCUGCGUCACCAUAUGCCCGAACAACCAGCUGGACAAAAUUAAAAUCGACAAAUACGUGCAAAAUUCAAAUGAACCUGAUAAAGAAAAGCUCGAGAAUUUCAUCAGAUCUCUUGCUAACGUCACUUACGACAACUUUGAAACUAUGCCGACAUACGAUGCCAUCCCAUCAGACAAGUAUUUAGAGCUUCUCCUCAACCUAUCAGCACACUUUAAGCCGACACUUACCAUUGGAGCUUCAGGAAUAAUGCUGAAUAUAAUACCGACUGUAACAGAGAUGGGACUUUGCUAUGCUGUGAACUCUAAAGUGGCUGUUUAUAAUUCUCCCUCGUAUAGAUCUGCCAACAGAUGGGACAUAAUCAAAUCGCCAAACGACACGUUCUUUGUGCAUCCACUAGAUGGAGAGGUGUUUGCGCAGGUCAUCAAUAUCUCCAACUCUUACGACGCUUACAUCCACGGCCCUUCCGAAGUUCCAGACAUAUCCAGCAAGAAGCAGCAUUCGGCCGAGGACUGCUACAUGAAACUGUAUCUCACCGCCCUCACUGUUUACACCGCCCCAGAAGCUGCCCGGCUGAGUGUUGCCCAGCGUCGCUGUCGUUUCCCCGAAGAGAACAACCUACAACAUAACUCUGUCUACACUUACACCAUGUGCCGUAUGGAGUGCCGCAUCAAGCUCUGCCUCAAGUACUGCCAGUGUAUCCCACAUUUCUAUCGGAAGAUCGGAGACGAGAAAAUAUGCGACGUGGCUGGAAUGCAUUGCCUCGGCAAACAUAGAGAUAUACUUUACAAAUUGCGAGACAAAGAUGGCAAGAAGAUCCAUUGCGACUGCCUGCCGAUAUGCGACGACGUCAACUAUGUUAUACAGUCCAGUAUCCUUCAAAAAUGGUUCCUUGGCACUAACCUUCAAUGGGGUAUCGUCAGCUACCCGAGGAUGAGAUACAGAAGGGACAUUAUCUUCGGCUUCACUGAUGUAUUGGUGGCAGUGGGUGGAAUGGCGGGACUGUUCCUGGGAUGCAGCGUGCUGAGUUUCAUGGAGAUCAUCUACUUCCUUACCUUGAGGCUCAUAUGCUACACCCACGCGGCUGUCACCAAGUAGCUGGUUAUCGGAUGAUAAAUAUAAUUUAGUAAAAAACACAAUUUUAUU